AUGGGGUUCCUCCUUGAGGGGCUGAUCCUCUGCCUCCUGCUCCUGGUCGGGUGGUGCGCCCCGUUCGCACUCGGGGUCUCAGAUGGGGGAGCCAGACACGGGGAGGGGCGGUCGCUUUUCAGUUACAGGGAGAUGCACGGGAACGUCUCCUUCCGGUGCUCGGCAUCGGGACCAUGCCUGCCCUGCGAGUAUUCUGAAAAGGUCGGUGUGGACUAUUGUCCUUCUAGCGCAAAUCAUCUCGUUUCAGUGUCUUCCCUAGUUUUGUAUCUGCGAUGGAUGUUCGAUUUCGUGAAUUUAAUUUGGGCUCCCGUGGGUUCAAAUUGGUCUAUUUCAUUCCCGUUUUAGGUGAGCAAUAAUCUGGAUCGAAUGGAUAAACUUUUGCACUGAUCUCCGUUUACCCGGAGAUACGAACGAGCUAUUGCGGCGCAGCUAUCUCCUUUGCGUCAUUUUCGUACGUUAUUAUUUAUCGUGUCGCAUAACACAUAUGAACUUUUGAAAUAAACUUUUAGAUACUAUUCUGCGGUAAAUGAUUAGACUACAGAACUCUGAUCCAGUUUUCAUUUUUUUGUUGUGAUAUAAGUUUUGGAAUCUGAGCCACUCAUUUUUCUGUAUGUUUUCACAAGGAAAAUGCUUUAUAAGUCACCAAUCAAUGAUCUACAGCGUCUGAAAUCUUACUCAAACAUAUAUGGUAGACUGUUAUGGAUGAUGGCUAAGCCGAUUACUCUUAUAACCACUAUUGUCAUGAAACAUAUCUAUAGUAUAAUUUUUAUAGAAGACAUGAGAGUCCCAAUAGAUGUUACAUUUAGUAAGGUAUAACAUCACCACGUACAAUUUUAUGAUGGUAGGAAAGUUGGACAGCUCAUGCACAUCGGUAUUUUCCAAUUCCUUGAAACCUGUACCACCAAUUAACCUUGCUAGUUUUUAUCUGAUCCUUGGUGAUCUGAAAAUCUCGAUAGAUAAGUUUCAACUCAAUAGGUUGUCGAUCAGAAGCAAUUGAAUCAUUGUCUAAUGGCUGUUUUCACCAUAGGAAGUACAUCCACCAAACGGUUUACCAGACGAUGAAAGAAAAGUAAAACAUGAGGAUCAAAAUUCUUUUAGCUUUGACUUGCUGUUGGUCUCUGAAGGCAACGUGAUUUGAAUACAGUGAAGGGGUGGUGGGCCUCUUAUUACACCCAACCCUUGAGAAUAAUUUCUAGAUGUCAUGAGUUUUUCAUAGACCGCGGUUUCUGUGGGUGAUCAUCAUGAAUUGAGAUUCUGUAUAGAUUUAAUGCUAGAAUAAUCAUGUAUUAUGAUAAAAAAAAUGUUUCAGUAUCUUAAAGACAUGUGAGUAUUCCCGUCUAGACUCGGGACCUGACGGUGAUAGAGUUAACUACACGACUCUGGGGUUUGUUUGGGACUUCUGAAAGCAGAUCCCAUUUGUACAAGUAUGAAGUUGUUACAACCGGAGCUAAGGCACUUAGGUUCUAUCAAUCCUAAAAUCUUCUAAAACAAGUGAGUAUGUUUUUUGCUCAAUGGCCUAUUUGGGUUCAUGUGAAUCAUUUCAUCAACAUUUGUUCCUGCCCUGGGAGCUACUUGAACCAAUGUUGCUCAAUAAGUUGAACCAAUAUUUACUUGAACAGAAAAGGUUAUUAUUAACUCUUUGGAUAUUUAUCGUUAUAAUCAUUUGAUUCUAUGAUCUUUCGAAAACAAAUCAUGAUUUGAGUUCAUCUUAUGAAUUAGAGAAGUGGUCUUUUCUAAAACUCUAGGUAACUGAUGAUCAGAAUUCAGUCUUAAUUUUCUAGUUGGUCUGUAUUUUUUUAGAACUUCUAGGAUUUAUUGAUUAAUUUUAUGAUUUCUUCUACCUGCGUUCAUCUGUCACUGAUUACCAGUAAUCUCGUGAACCAUGACAAAAUGAUCUUCCAGGGAAUUCUCCAAAAGACUACGUGUUGGAGACCUAAUGAUUAUCGCAUCUGUUCGAGGGAAUCUUUAUCAGAGAAAAUCUGAAUUUCGAUUUGAAAACCGUUGGAGACCUAAUGAUUUUUGCCUUUUACUAAAGUGAAAGUUUGAUGCUACCUAUCGAGGAUAUUUCAUGGUAUUUUUCCUAGGAGCGUUGUGAAAACAGCGUGUCUUGUUUUUGGCUGCUCAUUUCUGUUUUGAAUGCUUUGGCAGAAUUAUGAGAAAUAUCAUUGUAGUGAGACCGGUUAUCGUGUACCAUUGAAAUGUGUGGAAAUAAACGAUGAAGCAAAAGAAACGUCUGGGAAAAGAUCUCGAAGAAGUCUUUCUUUUCUCAACUACGGAGAUAAACUUUACUCUCUCCAACGGUUUCACCCCUCACCGAGGCGUCUCAGAUGGAGAAGGCUGUUGGACACCUCCUCAGAAUCCCAAGAUAAUCAAGUGAGCUACACGACCUACAGGAGCUGUCUGCCAGCAACAGCGGAAGAAAAGGUGUCAGUCCUUGGUUUUGAGGUAAGAGUUCCGAAAAAUAAAUCAUUCUGUUUACGCAAUCUCCCAUCAAUGUGUGUCGAGCGGUCCCUUCCAUGCGUUGCUUUUAGUCCAGACUCGAAUUUUCUUUCACCAUUCAGAUUCUAUUUGAUCGGAAUGUGUUCUUGGGUUCCUGGCUGGUUUCUUUCAAAAAUUAUGUGCGAUAGGUGUGUCAGGAACAACAUACUGGUAAGUGAGAAAAGUGCAUACAAGACGCAUUCCACAGUUAUGUGAAAAUUAGGUGUGCCGUAAAACCUGCUUGUAUGCUCAGGUGAUGUCCACGACUGCUCAACUCCAACUAGAGAAAAAAAAUAAAAAUUUAUGAUAAUUAUUUGCUUACCCUUCUAAGACCAAGCAUGAAGCAACCGAGUUUCUUCCACUGUGAAUUUGGGAAGCCAUAGUUUUAGAUUGUUGCCGGUUGCUCUCUUCUGCCUUGGUCUCGAUGUUUGGGAGUCAGAAACCUUUUCCAGGCUCGGCAUACUUCACGCCACCUGCUUUCCUCUUAAACCAAAAGCAUUGACCCUCGGGAGCCAUUUUGGGCACAUUUUCUAGGAUACGCCACGUUUUUCUCAGUCCUCUGCAUGAAUUUAACGAUUGAAACCUCGCCGUUGAACUCGAUUCUGUUCAGUUGCUUCCAAUCGGAUAAAGAUUUCAUCCGAUCAAAUCUCAUCCUACCCUUGUUUUUCCAUGCUCUCGUCUUAUCCUCGGUAGUGCCGUCUCUUCCUCCUGACAAGGCUAACUCAUCCUUCGUGCUCCCUCCCCCGCGUUAAAAUCUCCUUUGUAGAUGAUCAUGGUGUGCCUGCUUCUCGUCAGCGGCCUCUCUGUAUAUAUACGGCAGAGGCGGAGUAUUCCUAUGCUGGGAAUCGGCGCAGGACGGUUCCCUUUCGGCUCUUCCAGGCUGUGA